UCGAAUCCAAUCCAGCCAUGGGAAACCCUAAUCUUCCCCGUCUAGCACCCGCUUGCCCGUCUCUGUGAGUCGGUGGGGGAGAAGGUGAAUGAAGUAUCCGUUCUUCGAAUCUUGAACCUCUCUAGGUUUUGUCCGCCGCGAAAAAGCCAUGCUUUCGAUUCGCAGAAGCUCGAUUUCACUCAUCCGAUGCCUUGCUCCGAAUAGGAAGAGCUCCAACCUCUACAGCUCUUCUCACUUCCGAAUGCCCCUCUCCUUCUUCACCUCUAAAGCCGAACUCCCAUCUCCCGAAACCUCCUUCAUCGUCAAAUAUCUCAUCGACUCAGUUGGUUUAUCUUCGGAGAAGGCGAUCAAAGCUUCCAAAUUUAUUGCUCACAUCAAAUCCCCUUCGCAGCCCGACUCCGUCCUUCAUUUCUUCAAGCAGAAUGGUUUCACCGACGCUGACAUCAAAAGGAUUAUCCUACAGCACUCCAGACUGCUAUGCGCUAAUGUUGAUUCAACCCUGAAGCCAAAAAUUGAAGCUUUAAGCAAGCUUGGGUUCUCUAAAACCCAGUUUGUUAAGCUAGUCACAGCUAGCCCGACAUCUCUCAAUUAUCUGAAUUAUAAUAAUGUGCGUCCGAGGAUUGAGUUCCUCAGAGCCUUUCUUGGUUCCAAUGAUAAAAUUGUGAAAGCCUUUUCACACGAUGUAACUCUUUUAGCUCGUAGCUUUGAGAAGAUUAUCAAGCCCAAUAUCAUUUUUUUGACUGAAUGUCAAGUUUCUGAUGCCAUAAUUGGGUUUCUGUUGACUAAAGUUAGAUUAAUUAUCGGCAGGCCUGUCAACGUCCUUAAAGCAGCAGUUAAGAGGAUUGAUGAAUUGGGCAUUCCUCGUGGGUCAUGGAUGUUCUACCAAGCUCUUCGUUCUAUCUGUUCAAACACUUCUGAACAGGUUGAUGCCAAGAUCAAGUUGUUGAGCGGCUUAGGUUUCUCAGAAGCUGAGAUUUCUUCAGCAAUCAGAAAGCAACCUUAUGUUCUCAGCUUGUCUGAGAAGAAUUUGCGAGAGACAGUUACGUUCUUGGUAAAGGAAGCUGGAUGCGAUCACUCUUAUUUGAGUAGCCACCCUAAUAUUUUCAUUUUUAGUUUGAGUAAAAGAUUGGUUCCAAGGAAUCUUGUUUUGAAGCUUCUCAAGGCAAAGGGAAUUCUGAAGAAAGAUCCGGGUUUUUUUAAUGUUAGCUCAAUCUCUGAAAGGCAGUUUGUGGAAAAGUUUAUUUUUAGAUAUGGAGAAAAGAUGCCAGAGCUUCAUGAUGUUUAUCUAACUGCAUCUGCUGGGGAGGUUCCAAGUUAGAAACUUUUUUUUUUUUUGAAGAAGAAGCAAGUAAAGAGAAGAACAUCAGUAUCAGGUAUUCCUGUAUCAUUCUUGAUAGGAAUUUCACCUGUGUGAAUUCUAGUAUGAGUUUUUUUGGUGAUUAAAGUUUCUUAUUUUCGCAAUGGAUAUUUUUAGUUCACCUUUCCUUCAACUGAGCCA